AUGUCGAGCUUGUAUGCUAGGCGCGUGGAGGACGCCCUCCAGAGACAAUUCCCUCGCUGGGUGGCGGCCAACGAGGCUAUUUCUUCCGCCGAAGCUGACAAGAAGAAUCAGUAUGCGGAGUUCCUGUUCGCCGCAAACUGGAUCUUACGUCCAGGAGGACUCCGGGAGCUUCUAGACAAGCUCCAAAUGUAUCUUAAGACCACGGAGGUUUGCUAUGAUUUGGAGUCGGGCUCGGUGAAGCUCAGAUGUUUAGUAACUGAGCAGGCGGCGGUCAUGAUCGCCUGCCAACUAGUAGCGGAUGAAAUCAUCCAAAACGAGCAAGCCAAGGACAGCUCUGCUCCUAGUGCGAAGAUAUUCCUUCGUAAGAAUUGGCUUGCCGCCAGUCAGCAGGAGAAAGGGGCUUCUAUCAUGGCUUUUGCGCCGGUGGAGAUCCUGGGUUUCAAAUACCACUCCCCCUGGACCGCGCCGAGCGACUCCGUCAAGAAAGGCGUAACGGCAUUGACGCUGGUGCCUGGAGGAGCCAUGAAGAAGCUACAGGAUAUAACUGGGUGCACCAUGAUUGCGAGCUAUGAUGGGCUAAUUCUGUACAUUGGUGCCGAGUCCCAGGAGCAGAUCAACGUCGCACAAGGAAAACUUAAUACCUUGGCUAAGUAUGCUGCACAGUCGCGCCGGCCUGACCGCAAAUGCGAGUCUUUCAUCUACGCAGAGGAUAAACAAGGGGCGCAGGCAACAUUUACUUAUAUAGGCCACGGUCCGAAAUCCCUCCUGAAGACUUUCUUCUUGGAUCGCUCCAAAUACAGGUUCAAGCCACCCUCGACCUACGGAAAGAUCUUCGAGCAAGGUGUCGUUAUCACUCUCCUGGAUCGCAACGCCUUACUGCCUGUUGCUGGAACCACACCGGCCAUCCCCCCCGAGCGUAAGGAUGAACUAUAUAGAGCGUUCAUGCCCCCUUGGCAGUAUGGGUCUAAGUACACAAAUUACAGCUCGUUAUUGAUAGCGCCUCAGCCAACUCGAUUGGGGGCACCUCAACCAGCCCGUUCAAUGGCGCUUCGUCCGGCCAAUCAUGAGACGAGAGUCUCAUCGUGGGUUCGCGAACUCCCCACGCCCGCGUCUUCGAUACCGCCCCGGGAUAAUGAAAGCGAUACGACCGGAUUGGGAACAAAUGCCGAUAAUGGCCAGCGAACCGGCCGCUACGAUCCUCGGCAUCCGCGUGAGCAAAACGUCACGCGCACUGAUUGGACGCCGCCUCACUUGCGAGGUAUGAAUUCUGCUGCCCGUCCUCCAACAGUUCAGAAACAGAACCUACCGGGCCUGAUGACUAACAUGACCGGGGGUGCUUCUGAAGGCUGGCAGCAAGGAAUAGGAGCACCACAAGCUGCUGCUAGCAGAGCUAACAAAGAGCCUGAUUUGCUCGAGUUCGGAAACCACGAGGCCAAGCCUAUGAGUCCCAACAUAAGGCUUGCUGAUCCAUUCAUUGGCGCGUGGGGAGGUGGCGCGCAUUCACGGGGUAACCAACCCAAGACUAUGGGCCAAUCCCAAAUCAGGCACAGUACCAUGCAUCAACAGGCGGGCGCCCCUAAAAACCGCAGAAAGGGAUAUUUUCAUCAAGAAACCAUUCCAAACGAAACACCCGUAAAUGAGGAUCCGGACCCCAAGUUGGUGCAGUCUAUCAGCCAAAAGCUUGCUCGAAUGAUGAGUUGCUUGGAGCUUUUUCAGGGAAAAGUAACUUUGAAAGCUAGCCUCGGACGUCUCUGUCUCACGACGAUCAACAGCGACCACGUCUAUGUACCGGGCCAGGCUUCACAAGGUAAGGCUAAGUCUUUGAGAGAUAUCAAAGAUGCCCUAGACAAGCAUCAUAUCAAUCCUCAAGAUACCAUAUUCACCAAUAUCCUAACCGCGGAGGGUGGAGAUGCGAACCAUAUUGCGCUUAUGCAGGAUGGCUUCGGAGAGAGACUGUGGCUAAGCGCUUCUCGACACACUACGUACGAGUUAGCUUGCAUCGUUGUAACGGAGGACCGUGAACAGUUAACAUUCUUUGUGGAAGUUGACGGCAAUGAUUUUACUUACCAACUCAACGAAGUCACCUCCAAUUCAUCCUGUUCCAUGUCUGUACACUGCCCGAAGCGACCUUGGGACUUCCAAGUUACGCUGUCCAAGUCUCGAGACUUGAAGGAAGUCUGUGGUGACUUUGCAAAGGACCUGGUUGAUAACAUGCGUAUCACACCCAAAGAGCCCCACGAGCCUGGAAUACCUAAUCUGGAGGUGAUCCUCAAGAAUGAAUAUGAAGCACGAAUACUUUGGGUACGAACUCGCAAUACCGCCAGCUACGUGGGCAACCCGAAUGCUCGCUCAUCUUCCGAGGGUCUCAAAACUAACACGAGCUUCCCUUAUUGUGUAAUGGAGAUCUCCGAGGUGCAUGAUAUGAAAAGAUUAUCCACUCAGUCAAGCGAGAACUCAGAGUUAUACUUGUACACACAAUUCGCCGGAAAUCAAAAGCUCGGCCAGUUACCCACCUGGUAUGAAGUUUCAUUGCAGUCGAAGAUGAUCAUUGAUGCACUUCAGCAGAAUCAAGAUCUCGAAUUUGGUGAUGAGGUUGACUGGUCCCCGGAGGCACUUCAGCAAGCCGGAGCAUUCGACGAACUCAUCCGUUCCACAUUCGACAUGGUAAAGAAGAUUGAUGGAGUAGGUUAUUGGGGAGAUAAUUUCCAGGACGCCUAUAUCCACGGCAUACCCGCUUCCCAAAAGGGUACGGGUUUCGGCGAGAGGUCCAUGAAAUCGAUCUGGUAGCGAGGUUAACUAGUCAAGGUUGCCGGA